AUGGAUCUGAAUGCUUUGCAGGAGGCUGCAAGCAGUGGAAAUAUUGGCAUUGUGCCGCGCCUCCUUGCAGGUGCGGACGUGAAUUAUCCGGCAGCACCACGAGAUGGGCGGACAGCUCUGCAAGCCGCCGUACAAUCCCAAAACCGCGAGCUCAUUCAGCUAUUAGUGGAUCAAGGUGCCGACCUGAAUAGCCAAGCAGCAGAACGCUGGGGACUUACAGCGCUACAAGCAGCAGCAGCUGCUAGUGGAGGCUAUCUACACAUAGCAGAAGUUCUUCUGGAGGCAGGGGCUAGUGUGAAUGCACGAAUAUCAAAUCCACAUGGCAAGUUCACUGGCAACACGGCCCUGGAGGCUGCGGCAGCUUCUGGACGCAUAGAUAUGUUGAAAUUGCUUUUGAAUGCAGGGGCAGAUAUUACCUCUGGCUCUGGCUGUUUUCAAUUGAACGUAGCAUUAGAUCUUGCGACCAGGCUUGGCGAUAUUCCGGAUCAAUCGGUUUCUGCCGAUUCGUUCCAGGGGUCUGGAACGGGCGGUAAUGGAACGUUCCAAUCGUUCCUAAGCGAGCUAAUCCCUGUAGAUUCUCGUUAUUUUGUAAAGAACUUCCAUUAA